AUGGGCCCAGCGCUCCCAGAGACACCCAGGGAGGAAAGCCCGACGUCGGAGCUGUACAAGGUUGUGAAGCAGCUCCGCCCCCUAUGGCUCCCUGUGAUCCUGGGCGGGGUGAACACGGGCAUCCAAACCUCCAGCCUGUCCUACAUCGGUUUAAACUUCUUUGCCCAGCAGUACACGAGCUUGAGGCCGGAAGAUAUCCACUGCGAGGAUACGCCAGAACUGGUUUACUGCCAGGCGGCCAUCAAGGACAACCUUUUCUGGAGCAGCAUUAUUGGGGCUGCGGGCUCCUUCCUCCACUUCACGCUGGGCCCCUUCCUGGGCGCCUUGAGCGACACGAUUGGCCGUAGGCCGGUGAUCCUGUUGUGUAGUUUCCUUGGCUACCCGAGCCUAAUGGCGUUGAUUCUCUUCGUGUACAGAAACACCAGCUUGUACUACACCUUUGCUCUCCUACCUUUGGCAGAACUGCCGGUGCUUGCAAUCUGGUUCGCCUUCAUCGUGGAUUUGAUGGAGGACACUCGCGACAGCAGCGUGGCUUUCGGCCUGAUCAUGGCCGCCGGACUCCUCGCCACGAUGUUGGGCACUGGAAUUGGCGCAGCACUGUCCCUCAAAGCAGGUGUACUCGUCAUGGCCAUCGUUUACGUCGUGAUCCUUCUGCCAUACCUGGUGUGCUGUCUGCCGGAGACGCUGCCACCCACCAAGCGUCACGCGCUAAGCUGUGCGGCUGCUGCCCCGGGAUUGGGCCUGGGUAUCCUGGCGCGAAAUGCGCUGUUUGUGCAGCUGUCAACCCUGGUCAUCGGCAGCACUUUCAUUGGCAACGGUUUCCAGCGGGUCAGCACAAGCUUUCUGCAGACAUAUGUGCACUGGCCGAAAUCCUGCAACAACUUCGCCAUAGCCAUUGCUAUGGCAUCCAGCGUAGCUUGGGCCGGAGUGGGCCUCUCUUUCACCACGCGGAUCGCCGGAGAUGUGGGCACGCUAGGCUUGGCUCUCUUUGCGGGUGCUCUGUACAUGCUCUGCUUUGCCUUCGUCACGGAGGCAUGGCAUGUUUAUCUCUUGAAUGCGGUACUGUUGGGACCCCAGGCUUUGGCGUUUCCUGCCACCUCGGCCAUAAAGAGCCGGCUGGUGGCGGAGAGCGAGCAAGGGCAGCUACAAGGUGCCCUCACAACCGGAAAGAGCAUCGCAGAGUCACUGGGGCCACUGGUCUUCAGCUUCCUCUUCCAGGCGUUCAGUGCUUCCGGAAAUGCUCCCGGCCAAGCAGAUCAGCUUCAUUCCAGGCUUCCGAUCUUGGUGGCCUUUGUUCUGUCGCUGCCAUUGCUUUGUGUUGUCAUGGCCCUCCCGCAGAAGCUGGCCAGCUACAUUAUCCAAAAGCAGGCAGCCGAGCAGAGCGCCAUUUUGGAGUUGGAGAAUCUGGAGGCGGAGGAUGUCAGCUUGCUGGACAAGUCGCAGAGGGAGAGGCUGCUAUGA